GCAACUCCGACCCGCGAUCAUCGCCGCCCCCCGGUUGCUCUCUGCACCUGAGAACACGACCCUCUACCGUGUCGAUCAUGCGAUAGUGCUCCGGCAGUCAUUCUUCAUCCUUUCUCCGUCCUGACGCCUGCGUGCUGAACCCCUCGGACGGCUGGUUGUUUCCUGAUCGUCUUCGGCUGGUACAUUCGAAGAACUUUUCCUUUUCGCCCUUCUCCCACACAUUCGACAUGCUUGUUCCGAAACCUCUUGUGGAUCUGGAGGGUCACUGCUCCGCUGUAUACAACAACACUCUCUACACCUACUCCGCCAAUGGCUUCAUGUCGAUACCCCUCGCGCGCAAUGGAAAUUGGACCUCAUUGACCAUGGGUGAGGCCGUCUCAGACGCAGCGUGUGUGAUAGGUGGCACAGACGGCGAUGAGACCAAGCAAUCUCUCUAUGUCAUUGGCGGAUCCGGCUCCUCAAGUCAGCCGGGCUUGCAGCGAUACUCGUUUAAAGACACGACGUGGACCACCAUUCAACCCCCGCAAUCGGUCAUGGGGAACCGUACUCACCACAAGGCCGUCUACCUGUCGAAUUCUUCCUCAAUUCUGGUCUAUGGUGGCCACCAGACCGACGAAACGGUUGCAUCUUCUGACACAUACGUUUUAAGCACCGUAUCUCCGUACUCUAUUGCGGCCCACAAUGCGACGGAAGCGUCACCGGCCGUCAACCCUGUUCUGUUGCCAUGGAAUGAUCGCGAGGCAGCGUUGGUUGGCGGUACCACAACCCCGAAGAAAGUGCACCUAUUCAACCCGAAUGCGGGCUGGUAUGGAUCCAACGUGACUCUGUCCCAAUCGCUGUCCAGUGGCGUGCAGUGCGCAAUUCUCGAAGGAUCCGACGGAAGUAAGGUGUUGGAGGAGUUUGACAUGGACGUUGCGCCCAACACGGUAUCAAGCGUGGUGUUGGUGAAUGCGUCUGGGAAGGAGCAGAACCCUGCUACCGCCAUCAGCUCAUCCUCGUCACGCAAACGGAGGAGAGAGAUCACCCUCAGCAGCUACCCGACAUACGAUAGUAGCCUAGCGCAGUCCACAACACGGCAGAACUACUCCCUAGCUCAAGGGGAGGAUGGCCUAGUAGUGAUCUCUAGUGGCAGUGGUACGGACUCCUUGGCUAUCUUCAACCAAACCUCCAACAGCUGGGUGAACGCGACGAAAUUGUUCUACGGUGACGAGAGCCGGCAGCAGAUUCUCGGGUCAACCACAACGGCGGCAUCUACAUCCACAGCAACGUCGACCUCCAGCGCAUCCUCCAGCGCCGGCGGCGGCUCGUCCAGCAACGAUGUCGGGACCAUAGUCGGCGCCACCCUGGGAGCGAUCCUGGGUGUCGCGGCCAUCCUGGUGAUCAUUCUCCUCCUGAUCAAGCGCAAGAAGCAGAACCUGAAGAAAGCUCGAGGCGAAAGCGACAAAGAUCGCCUCAGCUUCCAGGACCAGGGUGUGGAGCCGUUGGCCCAGUCAGCGUACCCCAUGGCUAAGAGCCCAGUACCGCUUGCCGCUUCCUCGGUAGAUUCGCUUGCAAUCUUCUCGGGCAAGGUGGGUGAUGAGAAGACCCCAAGGCCGGCUGGUGCCCGCCCUACCUUUGCACAGAACUCGACUCCGCUGAAGUCGAGUCCUCUGACGACCAUUCAUUCCACCGGAGAACCCUCGUCACCCAGUGUGUACUCGAGUGCUGCCUUUGACAAAGAGAUUGAGGCCCAGAGCUCUACCUCGGGGGGUCGGCCAGGUGACCGGAGGACCAAUGAAGGGUGGAGUCGCUACUUCCAGGACAACAGUGCAACAAGCUUGGUUGGAAUGCAAUCACAAUCUCUUCAGCCCCCACCAUCUGGUGCAUCGUCUGCCAAGCCGCAGCCGAAAGGCGCUGCAUGGCAGAUGAAGACUCUCACACCCCUGGAUUUUGGAUUCUUGGAUGAGCCCAAACCUCUAGGACAGGUAAUAAGUGGUAGCCCCACAACAGAGCAUGCCUCGUCUAUCAUCUCCUCUGAGGGUCGUCCUGUGGCAAUCCAAGAGAGUCAGUCAGCUCGUAUUUCUAGCGCCUCGUCGAUGAGCGCCGAGCUGGAUGGUGACGGGCCCUGGCAACAGCGUAGCUGGGCGGACCGGCCUCCCAGCAGUACCUACAGCAGAAGCUUCUACAACCCCAGCACCCAUGUGCCUUCAAUAGCAGUGCCAUCCGAAAGUGACUAUCGAACACUCGACCCAUCUCGCACCAACACACGCGGUUCAAGCGUUGUUAUACCCGAAGAAGUGGAACCGAUGCCGCCACGCCAUCCUACCAACGUCAACUCAGACAUGAGUUGGCUGAACUUGAAUGCCGAUCGAUGAGCGCUCCCUAGCAUCUUCUAGACCGACACAUGACUAUCAUUCUCCCCGCAACGUCGCCUCUGGACCCUUUCACCCUCAUUUA